AUGGCUCUGGGCAAUCACACCACAGUGAACUACUUCAUCCUCCAGGGGCUGACAGAUCAUGAAGACCUGCAGAUUCCCCUCUUCAUGUUGUUCCUACUGAUUUAUAUCACCACCCUUCUGGGGAACCUGGGAAUGAUCCUGUUGAUCAGGUACAGUUCCCAGCUUCACACACCUAUGUACUUCUUCCUCAGUAACUUGUCUCCUGUUGAUCUCUGCUAUUCUUCAGUUUCUGCUCCAAAGUUGCUAGAUGACAUCUUAGGAAAUGCCAAAGCUAUUUCCUAUAGUGCCUGUGUUGCCCAGACUUUCCUUUUUUUCUGGUUUUUGACCACAGAAGUGUUCCUGUUGGCUGCGAUGGCUUAUGACCGCUACACAGCCAUCUGCAACCCACUGCUCUAUACUGUGGUUAUGAGUACGAAGCUUUGUGUUCAACUAGUGGCUUGGUCAUAUCUCGGGGGUCUUUUGAACUCACUGACACACACGUGCAGCUUGUUGAGACUGUCAUUCUGUGGACCCAAUAUCAUCCAACAUUUCUUUUGUGACCUCCCUCCUUUACUGAAGCUUGCCUGCUCAGAUACCCAUAUCAAUGAGAUUCUCUUCUUAGUCUUAUCAACAGCUAUAGGCUCUUUCAGCACAUUGAUUAUCAUUAUCUCCUAUUUGUACAUUCUGUUUGCCAUCCUAAGGAUCCAUUCGGCUGAAGGAAGAUGCAAAACCUUCUCCACCUGUGCCUCUCACCUGACAGCUGUCAUCGUCUUCACAGGGUCUCUUAUUAGUUACAUCCAACCUAUUUCCAACUACUCACUGGAGCAAGAGAAAGUGUCAGCCAUGUUUUAUUCUCUUGUAGUUCCCAUGCUGAACCCCCUGAUCUACAGCCUGAGGAACAAAGAGGUGAAGGAUAACCUAAGAAGGACAAUUAUCAGGAAAAAACAUUUUCAAUUAACUUAA